AUGUCCAAGGAUAAGUCUUUCGACACCAGAAAGUUCCUGAUCGAUCUCGCCUCCGGAGGUAAGCUUAAAAUAUUUUAUCGCUCGUCGAAAAAUCCUUGAAAUGAAUUUUUCGGGAUUUGCUCCUUUUCCAGGAUCUUAAAAUUUUUUCGGCCUUUAGGUACCGCUGCUGCCGUCUCCAAGACCGCUGUCGCCCCGAUCGAGCGUGUCAAGCUUCUCCUCCAGGUCCAGGAUGCUUCCACGGCCAUCACCGCUGACAAACGUUACAAGGGAAUCAUUGACGUUCUCGUCCGUGUCCCGAAGGAGCAGGGAGUUGCUGCCCUCUGGAGAGGAAACCUCGCCAACGUUAUCCGAUACUUCCCAACCCAGGCUUUGAACUUCGCCUUCAAGGAUACCUACAAGAAGAUCUUCUUGGAGGGACUUGACAAGAAGAAGGACUUCUGGAAGUGAGUUAGAUGGAAAAUAUUCGUUCCUUAAUUCAAUUUUUAGGUUCUUCGCCGGAAACUUGGCCUCUGGAGGAGCUGCCGGAGCCACCUCCCUCUGCUUCGUGUACCCGCUUGACUUUGCCCGUACCCGUCUUGCCGCUGAUGUCGGAAAGGCUGCUGACCGCGAGUUCAAGGGUCUUGCUGACUGCCUCGUCAAAAUCGUCAAGUCUGACGGACCAAUCGGACUCUACAGAGGAUUCUUUGUCUCCGUGCAGGGAAUCAUCAUCUACCGUGCCGCUUACUUCGGAAUGUUCGAUACCGCCAAGCUCGUCUUCGCCGCUGACGGACAGAAGCUCAACUUCUUCGCCGCUUGGGGAAUUGCCCAGGUUGUCACCGUCGGAUCUGGAAUCCUUUCCUACCCAUGGGACACCGUCCGUCGUCGUAUGAUGAUGCAGUCUGGACGCAAGGAUAUCCUCUACAAAAACACCCUCGAUUGCGCCAAAAAGAUCAUCCAGAACGAAGGAGUCUCCGCGAUGUUCAAGGUAAUUUGCAUUGAUACUGGGAUUCAUCAAACAUCGUAUUCUUACAGGGAGCCCUCUCCAACGUCUUCCGUGGAACCGGAGGAGCCCUCGUCUUGGCCAUCUACGACGAAAUCCAGAAGUUCAUCUAA